GGUUUACCUUGUUUUUUUUGUCGGUAAAAUGAUAGUAACUCGGUAGGAAACUGCCAUAGAACUAAACCGCCUCAGCAGUACAAAGCUUAUACGAGGCCUGCUGUAUAUAGACAGAUAGAAGAUACCAGAGCAUAUAAUACAAAAUGGACCGAUAACGGAUGGAAAUAAAACGUAUUAUGGAAGAAACUACGGCAAAAACUAUUUCGCAUUGUUCGGUGCGGGUGAUGCUACCUCUGUUUAUAGCUAUGUUAAUGUUUGCUGCUGUUAUACUGCUAUCGCAGAUGGACACUUUGCGUGGAAAUGAAUGGGGGAGACCAGCGUUCAUGACUAAAAAGAUACGAAGUGAACGAAACCUUCACACAAAAGACAUAACACAAACCCAUAAUAAGACAGACAAAAUACAACAGCAGGCGGGCCUGGCACUGUCUGUGCUUAAGCGGGAACGAGCAGCAUGGCACAAGCAGGAAGCGGUAUACGAGGGCAUGAUAACCCAGCUGCUGCGUCAGAACCAACUGCUGCAGACCAAGCUGAACGAUACAGUGCAAAAGUUGAGACCAUGUGUAGAUCAACUGCGGCAAUUGAAACGAGAGUCAAGAAAGAAAGAAGAAAGGGAGAUUAAACAUAGAGACGAAAACAAUCGGGAAGAAGCAACUAAAAUCAACACCAAAAACCACAACAGUUCUGACGACAAAUCAGAACAAGAAGCACCAGAAAGCAAUAGCAACAAAACAGGACUACAAACAACAGAAAACAUAAAAAGCAACAACAACAAACCUGACAAUAAUACGGGACAAGACACAUCGCAAGUCAACAACAACAAAGGCCCCGGUGGCAAAAAAGAACCAGUAACAACAGAAAUCAACAACAACAACAAUCCUGGUGACAAAACAGAAGCGUUAGAAAACUCAACCAAGGUGGCCGAUGAAACAGAGCGGAGCGAACUGUCAGUCGUUCAAAAGAUAAAGGUGGCAUUAGGUAAAGAAAUAGUGGUUAAGAAACCUUUGGACAAAGCCGUUGAACAUUUUGUCAAGCCGGAUUUGAAUUCAACCAUAACAGAAAGUAAUAAAUCUAUACUCGGAAACGAAGAUAGAACAGACACUAAUCUUGCUGAAGGUAACAUGUACAAGGAAGUUCAAGAUCUUGACACAACCACUAUUGCACUUACAGCCAGUGCGAUAAUGCUAGAAAAUACGAAUGAUACAAAGAUACAAGAUGACAAUACUAGCCAAAAGAAACAUUUAAAUAAAAACGAAGUUGAGCUCCCAUAGCGAGAUUUACCGCUGUGAGAUAAAGUUUAUAGUAUACAAAUUGUGCAACGUCAAAUGGGUAAUAUAGUUCAUAUUUACAGUAUUCUUGCCAACAUAAAAAUUGUUAAGACUUUUUACAGUUUUAUAUGGGGCCAGUUGCUAUGGUGUCAUCGAAAUGUGUGAAUCACUGCCACAACGGGUAGUCCACCUUAUUUUACCUAUGCAGACAAUAAAGUUUCGAUUUGUUUAUUGCACUUCAAAAUUACACCUUUAAAAAGG